ACCCCUUCUCUCCGCCUCCCCAUCCCAGCAUCCUACCUUUCUCUCUCUAGACCUAUUUCCUCUUGCUCCUGGCUCCUCCCCAUUGAAUAACUGCCAAAUUGCUUUGGUUUCUAUUUCUUUGUGAACUCCUCCCCACUGCCGACCCUGUGUGAAAAGCAGCGGUGACCACAGAGCUGGUGGAGAGAUGGCCUUCAGCAGCCCCCAGACUCCCUUCGUGAACCCGGUUGUCCCCUUCUUUGGGACCAUCCAAGGGGGCCUCCGGGAUGGACUUCAGAUCAAUGUCAGUGGGACUGUUAUUUUCUCCAGUGAUACCAGGUUUUCUGUGAACUUUCAGACCGGCCGCAGUGACUACGACAUUGCGUUCCACUUCAACCCUCGGUUUGAAGAGGGAGGGUACGUGGUGUGCAACACGAAGCAGAACGGAAGCUGGGGGCCUGAGGAGAGGAAGAUGCAAAUGCCCUUCCAGAGGGGGAGUCCGUUUGAGCUCUGCUUCCUGGUGCAGAGCUCCGAAUUCAAGGUGACAGUGAAUGGCAGCUUCUUCAUGCAGUACUCACACCGCGUGCCCUUCCACCGCGUGGACACCAUCUCCGUCGCCGGCAAUGUGAUGCUGUCCUACAUCAGCUUCCAGAACACCCGCGCAGCCCCAGUCCAGCCUGUCUUCUCCGGGGUGCAGUACUCCCAGGCUGCCCGUAUCCCACCCAAGCCCAAGGGGCGCAAACCAAAACCUCCAGGUUUUUGGCCGGCCGAUUCAGCUCCGAUUACUCAAACGGUCAUCCACACUGUGCAGAGCGUCCCUGGACAGGUGUUCCCUAAUCCUGUAAUCCCACCUGUGGUGUACCCCAACCCCACCUAUCCGAUGCCUUUCUUUACCUCCAUCCCGGGGGGGCUGUACCCCUCCAAGAACAUCAUCAUUUCGGGCAUCGUCAUGCCCAGCGCUCACAGGUUCCACAUCAACCUGCGCUCUGGGAGUGACAUCGCCUUCCAUCUGAACCCCCGUUUCGAUGAGAACGCCGUGGUCCGGAACACGCAGAUCAACAGCUCUUGGGGUUCCGAGGAGCGGGGCCUGCCGGGAAACAUGCCCUUCGGCCGAGGCCAGAGCUUUUCGGUGUGGAUCACGUGUGAAGGCCACUGCCUCAAGGUGGCCGUGAAUGCUCAGCACCUGUUUGAAUACUGCCAUCGCCUGAAGAACCUGUUUGCCAUCAACAGCCUGGAAGUGGCGGGUGACGUCCAGCUGACCCACGUGCAGACAUAGGCAGGAUCCGUGGCCUUGGGGACAGGGGCUGGGACAUGUUGCUGCCUGGAUCUGCUCAUCAGCUUUACCUUCCGGCUAUAGCUAGCCUGCAGUGGAGGAGGCAGCUGGCUGGGACUGCUUUCCUCAGUCAGGGCAGCACCUGGGGCUCCAGCCGCCCCAAUCCUACUAUCCAUGGACCGCGGCGGUCUGUGCAGGCUGAAGCCCCAUAUUCAGUCUCCUCGGCAGGAAGGGAGAGGGGUCCUGGGCCUUCCCAAGCUCCCAGCCCACGCCUAUCCCCAUCUAACUCUCAAGCCCAUUCCCAUCCCCCAUUCAAGUUCACCUCAGGCCCAAACCAUCAGCUGGUCACGCACAGGGGAGGCCGUCUCCUUUCUCCAAUCUUUAACCUCUCCUGCAUCCUGCGUCAACCCUUCUCCCGCUCCAGGAAAGCGACUGAUUAACACUUGCUGGUCUCCACCAACUGACAGAAACUUCCUCAGCCGGAGGCUCCCCCACUUUCCAGCGUCCUUCAAAUAAAGAGAGAAAGAAAAAUG